CUACUGUCAAAAACAACAUGGAGGUCGUGUGACUGCCUUUCCUGUCAAAAAGGGUUAUAAAUUAACCUCAUCGUUUCAAAACAUGCUCUAGCCUCGCAGCAGUUGUAAGAAAUAACUGUGGCAUCCAACGCAUCGUACAGCAUGGAGAACGAGCUGUUGAAUUCGGGAUCGGAUGACGAAGACAGUGAUACCGCGGAUGUAGCAACACGGACGAAAGCUACAUAUUUUGCGAAGAAGAAAACGCGGCCGCCACGGCCGAUUGAGCCAAACGUUCAAGUGCAAAACCAUCAAGAACAUGCUGGGAGGAGCGGGGAAGUAAGUGAGGACAAAGAUCUAGGCUCUGGAGAUAUAUGGUCAGCAAAUAAGGUAAAACUCCACACGAAGUUUUUUGAUCGUAUCUGAUCGAGUCACGCUAGCUUGUACGUGGAUGACUCGUAAAGUUUUCUUGGAUCGUACGUAGUUUUCUCCCACCUAGUCACAAUUAAACAAAUUCGGAAUGUUUAUAAUAAGCUCUUUGAUGCUGAACACGGUACGAUCGGUGUCUGAUUAUAAUACUGUCUUCUCUCUAUUUUCUCUGCACAAAGUGCUCGUUAUUUAUUUAUGACUAACGACUUGUGGGCGUGAAUUGGAAAAAUCUGCAUAGCAGGUGAUCUACGAUCGAAGUAAACUAACCUGCAGAUAAUACAUAGUUGGAAACUAAAAUGUUUCAGAUUAAGAAAAGUAAAUAUUACUGAGUAGCAUACCACUCUCUAAUUCUGAAAUCACAGUUCUACCUUCCUUGCUACAGGCAACUGUAUAUCUCCAGCUGGUUAAAUUGUAUAAUAAAUGAUUAAUGAUUCUGAAUUGAUAAACUACCAAUAAAUGUAACUUCUAUUUCUUCUUUCUCUUCACAUAUUGUUCUUUAUCUUGUUGUUUUUUCCUGAUCUGGGGGAGAGAGAGGCUCUUCCUUUAACUAAAAAAACAGUUUCACGAGGGUUAUUGCUGGAUGCAUAAGUCUUGUGAUAUGCUAACUUGAUACAAAGACUUAUUUUGGUUCAAAUUUCAGUCUUUAUCAAUCGCCUUCGUGUUGUGUUGUGUUACAUGCACAGUUAUUUAACAUUGGUAAUGUCAAAUACGUAUCAACAGUAGAAAUAAUCUGCAACAGAUUCAAAUUAAUUGAAAUGCAAUGCUUUACUCGCAGCUCUUCACUUUCCAUUGGAAACUACUAGUUAUAUACCGUACANUUACAUGCACAGUUAUUUAACAUUGGUAAUGUCAAAUACGUAUCAACAGUAGAAAUAAUCUGCAACAGAUUCAAAUUAAUUGAAAUGCAAUGCUUUACUCGCAGCUCUUCACUUUCCAUUGGAAACUACUAGUUAUAUACCGUACAACUUAACAUUUCACACUUAUGGCUGUAACAGAAAACUAAAAUUUCUGUUUUUAAGUUAUCAGUUUCUAAGAAUCAAGUAGUGCUAUGCCAAAUUUUUGCCAAAGAGUUUGCAUAUGAAUGGUACAAUGUAAGCUACCAGCCAAGGUUAAUGGCUAUCCUGUCAUGAGGUUACAGUGAUAAAGAAAUUAAAUUAAUUAUUAAUUCACCCUUUUUGGCCAGUAGAGUUGAAAUACUUUAGAGUACUAGAUGGGUAUCUGUCACAGUAAAAAUUAUGUAGAUAAAAAAUCAUUACAAAAUCUCCCCUAAGUUUGGUUUCUGUUUAAUACUCUAGUACUUUUAUAUUAAGUAUUGGAGAUGGCUAGUGGAAGCAAGUACCUUAUACAUUUUAAUAACAUAUGUUUUAUUUCUGGUGGACUGAUAAGAAACCAGAUGGAAAAAAAAAAAGAAUAAAACAAUUGCUAAAACAUAACAGAGUGUAAAGGAAGUGCUUUAACCACUAAAUUUGAAUUAAAAGAAUUUGAGUGAUAUUUUGUGUCUUUCAGUCAUAUUGUCUGAAGAUGAAUCAUUAUUUAUCAUCACCGAGUCCUUGGGUAGUAAAAAUUUACUUUGCUUAGAUAGAUUCAACCUGUCACUAGCCUUUGGCUAGUAAACUGAGAAAGUUCGUCUUGAGCCCUGAGCAAAUCAGUAAAAGUUUUAUAGUUUAUUAUUGAAUUCCAGCCUUAAUUAUAAUUAGAUAUUUCUCAAUAAAAUUUAAAGUUUUGGUAAUCCAGGCAUAUCACUGCCUUAUAAGAAUUUUGUAUAAUAUUCAUUUUGAGAACUUCUUGUCAUAUUUCCAUUUUUAAAAUGAUGCCAAUUAAUAUUCCAAGAAAGCACUCAUUUUCUUAAUGGUCUUGUGAUUGAUGUUUAAAUGCUAAAUAUCAAUUCUUUGGGCAGAACCUGCCAAGCUCAAUUUUUUUAGUAUUCUGGGUUAUGCACAAAUAUGUAGUUGCACUGUAUUUUAACCCAGAAAAAAAGAACUUUGUUGUAGCAAGAGUUAAAAAUUUAUUAGUAAAUUUUCACAAUUAAUUCCAUCAAAACUUGUUUAUUAUUGUCCCAUUAUUUAUGACGAUUUGAAUUUCCAAAGAUUAAAAUUAUGCACAUUCUUUUGUGUUUUUGGCCUGAUUAAGUGCUCUAAUUGCUUAUGUACAUGCAGUGCUUGAAACGGAGAUGUCACUAAUAUUUUCAUGUUUUAUGGACUUGGAAGCCAAAAACUUGAAGAGAUCAGAUUGAUCCUAAAUCUUCGUCAUGAUCGAUAAACAAGUAUGUUCCGAGCAAAUAAGGGUGGAAAUUGUUUGUCAGUAAUAUUCUCCUAUUCUCCAAUAAUUUAAUUUGGAAAAAAAUUCACAGGUCUCUGCACAGCCUUAGUGGUUUAAAACAAUAAUUUUCCUGUCUCUUGGAGUGCCAAUAUUACAAUGUAGCCUUGUCGCAUCUUAAAUUCAAAAGACUCAAGACAUUCUGCUGAGUAUUUAAUCAAUAAAUGUAAUCAGUGAAUUAAUCAUAAUAAUAAUAAUUCCGAGCGAAGCUCGGCCUGGAGCGCCGAGCGUAGCGACUUUAUAAUCUUGUCGCCCGCGAAGCGCGUGCGCAGUCUGCUAACCGCGUGUGGUCUUAGCCAGCUGCGAAAUUCAAGGCUUCAUAAAUAAAUAAAUAAAUCUUUCUUUCUCUGAAUAUAUGCUUGGUAUCCACCAAUGACGUUAUGGAGCAUUUUGCGUUUCCAGGCAACAUAGACUUCGCCGCCAAUGACCAAGGCGCAUUUUGAUGUGUUUAUUCAUCCUCUCUGAAUCAAAGAUUACCAUCGGUGAAUCACGAACAAUUUCCCAUGCAAAUGACACACAAGCACAACAAGUGACUCCAAAUAUUCGCCCAGGAAGAUUUUCCACCGAAACUCCUCUGGAGCGAGAAUGCCGACUUCCAAUUCAACGUGAACAACGAAGGAGAAGACGUCAACAAGAAACUGUGGAUCAGAAGGAACAUCGCUUAGCACAGCGAAGGCAACGCCGACAACAAGAGACAGAGGAACAGGAGAUUGGAAUCAGAGGCAUUAUGAUCGUUCACUGUUGAAAACCCAUCCCCGCUGAUAUAUGUAGAUCAAAGUCGGCAAAGUUCCAGCUCUGUAUUACGGCCCGAACUAUAAUAAUUUUCUGGCGAAGUGCGCCGGGCCAGAUUUGUUCUUUGUUUUUGUCUUUUUUCUAAAUCCGGGCGCCGAAAUAAUGCUAAAUCUGCUUUUCAAUACACUGUUAACAAUAACACCACAUAGUAUGCAAAAAAGAAGAAGAAGAAAAGAAAGAACAACGUAUGGACCUUUAAGACGAUAUUCGCAGUUGGUCACGCAUCCAGUUCUUAACCACGACUGGCAGGGCUUAACUUGAGUGCUGUUACCAAACGGAGUUUCGCGAGGCUUAUUGCGAGAUACGUGUUUCUAGUAAUAAUAAUAUAAAUUUUAUAUAGUGCCAGUAUCCUUAAAGUUCAUAAGUGCUUAACAGAACAUUAAAAUAAUAAAAUAAACAAAAAAUAAACAAAAAAAUUAAGAAAAAGCUUCAAAUCUUAAGACUGAAAUAAAAUUGGCUAAAAAGUUAUAAAAAAAAGUUAUAAAGAUGCUGUUUUAAAAAGGAAACUUUUAAGUCUGUUUUUAAAAACGGACAGUGAGGAGCUGUUCUUAAUGUCAGACAGCAGAGUAUUCCAGAGUGUGGGGUUACCAUGGACAAAGAUCUAAAAAUUCUUGAAAAUUAAGACCCAAACAAAGUUUGCAUGGUACAGUUGAACCACACUUUACAGACACCCACUUUAAUAAUAUGGACCCCUAGUUAUUAUGGACAGUUUUCCUUGUUCCCAGCUCUUACAUUUCCCUCAAUUCAACCUGCUUAAUAUGGACAAGAGCAGACACUUUUACGUUCCCCUCAGUUUCUGUAUUAAUGGGUUUGACUGUAUGUGAUUUAAAAGGGUAACGAUAAUGUUACUCUUUCAAUUAUGGGAUCUGAAGGUGUUUUUUGUGGUACAACUGUGUAUGUUUUACAUUGGAUCAAAUUAUUAGUAGAAUCAGUUGACAGAAAUGAAAAAGGCAGGCUACCUUUCAUGUUUUCUUUUUAGUAUCAAGCUUCUUCAAGUUCAUAUGGUGCAUAUUCUGAGACACGAAUGAAGACUGAAAGCAUAGGGUAGGUUUUUCUUUUUUUAUUUAUCCCCAUUGCCUUCAGUUUUCUGCCAUUAUUUUGAAAAUGAUAUUACUGCCUAUGCAAUGUUUUUUAACUGAUCACUGUUUCAAAUCUCCUGUAGAACAAAUUCACUAGCAUUUGAUUCUGAAGAAGAUGUCUCUGGGUGGAGAAGAGAAACACUUUUGUGAGUACAUGAUAUUAGUGUCAGAGUUGUCUAGUUGUUUUAACCUUGUGUUGUUUCCUAUUCUUUGUGGCUUUAGAAUUUUUCUAUAAUCCAUGAAAAAUGUCCCACACAAUGUAGAAAAGUGCAAUAAUUUUCUCCAUAAUAAUUUACUUCUUUGAGCUGAGGCAAUUGUUAAUACAUAAGAAGCAAGCUGAACACUCAAAAAGCUAAAAAGUGUGCAAAUUAGUUGAAUUUCUUGAUAGANUGCCAUUAUUUUGAAAAUGAUAUUACUGCCUAUGCAAUGUUUUUUAACUGAUCACUGUUUCAAAUCUCCUGUAGAACAAAUUCACUAGCAUUUGAUUCUGAAGAAGAUGUCUCUGGGUGGAGAAGAGAAACACUUUUGUGAGUACAUGAUAUUAGUGUCAGAGUUGUCUAGUUGUUUUAACCUUGUGUUGUUUCCUAUUCUUUGUGGCUUUAGAAUUUUUCUAUAAUCCAUGAAAAAUGUCCCACACAAUGUAGAAAAGUGCAAUAAUUUUCUCCAUAAUAAUUUACUUCUUUGAGCUGAGGCAAUUGUUAAUACAUAAGAAGCAAGCUGAACACUCAAAAAGCUAAAAAGUGUGCAAAUUAGUUGAAUUUCUUGAUAGAUAAAUAGAGGAUAUUACAUGGCCAUGCGGAGAUACGAAAUUUCUCUUCAAGUGUUAUGCGCUCACUCGUGAAAUAUUUUUUCAACACGAGAAGAGAAAUUUCGUAUUUCCAGGUGGCCAUGUAAUGUUCUAUUUAUUAUAUAAACACCAAUGAAAUACCAAACCAUUUCACUUUAAUAGUUUUUGGUGUGAAAGGCGCGAUUUAUUAUGUAGCCAUGGCAAAGGUGAUAUUUUCACGUGUGAAGAUAACAUGUUAUUUUCACAUGUGAAGAUAUCAAGUUUUCGCGCGAAAGCUCACCCGGUAUUUCAUUGGUGUUUAUAUAACAAACAAUAUUCUUUACCAGUCUCAAAGCUAAUUUUCACAAACACAAAAGAAAAAUUUAUCCAUUCCAUUUUGAUUCAUAGUGCGCUGAUGAGAUUCAGUUGUUUAUUAUUAAUGGUAAAAGAUUUUAAGUGUUGACUUUACCCUACAAUCAGUAAUAGUUCCAUGUUGGUUUUGUAAUAGUUGGCUGAGGCAUCCAAAAAUAAAAGAAAACUGGAAAACUGUUACAGCAGCAUUUUUGUUAUUUGUGGCAGGACUAGGUAUGUAUGCUUGAUAUUGAGAAAGUAAUCAUGUUAAUAUAAACAAGGGUUUUCAAUGGGGCUCACCUCAGGUCAGUGAAUGGUUNAGUUGGCUGAGGCAUCCAAAAAUAAAAGAAAACUGGAAAACUGUUACAGCAGCAUUUUUGUUAUUUGUGGCAGGACUAGGUAUGUAUGCUUGAUAUUGAGAAAGUAAUCAUGUUAAUAUAAACAAGGGUUUUCAAUGGGGCUCACCUCAGGUCAGUGAAUGGUUACAAAAAACUCUUUUUAGUCAAUAUGCAUGAAAAGAGGGGCCUUGUCAGUUAAUUUCUAGGGUGUACAGUACCAGACUGUAUAUAAUUUGUCACAAAAGCUAUCAAAAAUCUUGGCCAUUCUCUAAUUAGGAAAACAAAGUUUCAAUCAAGCUGCAUAGGUGAACAAUUAAUUUAUCAGCUGUGCUUCAAAUGGAAAAAAUAUAGCAAAUGUAUAGAGCACUUCUGAAAUUAAGUUUGGAUUUGAUAAAACUGUUAUUUGUAAACAAAAAAAUUACCAUUCUUUCCUCAAAAUGUUCAAAAUUGAAUGCAAUUAACUUUGUGUACUAUAAAACUUGAGCUGAUAAUUAUUAAGACAGGUAAUACAACAAAAACAUCGUUUAUAUAUGCUUAACAGCUAACAAGUAAAGUUCAAAAAUCCUAGAUGUACGGUUGGUUAAAUUUUUUACUUUUGAGUUCGCACGUUAUUUAAAAGCACAGUAGAGCUUGCCAAGUUAACUGAUUUUUUGUGUUUUUCAUUUUAGCUUUUUUAAUAGCUGGAAUAGUAUUAGCAGCAACUGGAGAUGAUGGUGUGUACUCUUACCUCUUAUAAAUUACCAUAAAUUCUUUAUAAAGCUCCCCUCUCUUUUAGCCUUCCCCCACAUUGUCCCGCUCUUAAAUGAUAGACUGUAUUAAUACAGUGGAACUUCACCUUACGGCCCACCUUUUUUUGGCCACCCGACCAAAUGACCAAAUGACCGAACAGUUAAUACGGCCAAUUUUUAUUGGCCCAUUGGUGACCGUAUUAACGGGGUUUCACUGUAUUACAGUGUGACUACUCGAACCGGGGCACUUGGAAGAAGAGUAUCCAAUCACAAGGUUUUUUGAAAAUAAAAGAUUCUUAAGUUUUUUGCAAACGGACCAAUAAAAUUCAAGGUUCAACAAUGUAACUGUUGAAAACUUUAAAACCGUUUGAACUUACCUGACCUCUCAGGAAACAGCAUUCAAAUUUAUGAAUGUUAUUGGUCUGUUGGCCCAAAAAAAAAAACUUGAGAAUCUUUUGUUUUCAAAAACCAAUGUUAUUGGAUCAUCUUCAUCCAAGUGCCCCGAUUCGAGUAUUCUCACUGUAAUCAUAACUGUAACACUUCAUGUGGACUGCUCCAGUAUGGUUUUAUACACGUGCUGCCAGAAUUUUGUAUUUCUUUUCGACCUUCAGCGACAUGAUCUCCGAAUUCAUGUUACUAUGCUUUUCCACGUUCUUGUUCUUUAUGGAGAAUUGAUGACAUCCUCUUCUCUAAAAUACCUUUAAUGUUAUAGGAAAUUAACGUCUCAUAAAAUUAAGGUAUUGGAAAUUAACGCUAAUUUAACGAAAAACGAUUUUCGAAGUAAAGAAAUUAAUGCGGAAGAGAGGGUAACAUUUCAAAAUGAAGGAAAUUAACGUGACGUUCACAAAGAAACAAACAGACAACAGAACAAAGUUAAACGUAUAAUACGAGAUGGAAACUUUAUUCGUGGUACUUUUCCUCAACGUAAGAAGUAGGUUAAGCGAAGAAAUCUGGCCACUUCGAGGGUUCUUUACAGUUUUACUGAUACUCAAUGCUGUGCUCUAAGGAAAUUGAAGGGUGCCCAGUGCUCUAAACCUGUAAAAUCUUAUAGGGUGCCCAGCAUACGAUUUGUAUGAAAAAACUAAGAUUUCCUAGUCGCCCAAGAUCAAAAGUAAGGCGCCAGGGGCCACUGGGCUCCGCUAGAGCUCAGCGCUGAUACUGCCGGAUCUCCACCCUGAUAAAACUCCUCUUCAUUGAGGAUUUAUGGUAAUAAAAUUUUCAGAAUAUUUUUGGAUCAAAUGUUGUAUCUCCUAAGUUUUGAAGGCUACUAAGUUUAUUAUUGUUUUGUUCUUUAAUCCAGGAAUGAAGAGUGUUAUAUUUUUUGUUUGUGCUGCUAUAUGCAUUCUUCCUGGUGGUAAGUCUAAACUUUGUUCUAGCGAGCUAUGUGUGAUUCUGCUGAUAUAUAAUCUCGUGUUUUGUUGCUUGUGUUAGAGGAAAAUGGUUACUUUUUGCGGGCGACAAGAGGAGCCCACAAUCCUAAUCUCCAGGUUGCUAUUACGCAUGCGUUGCAUGUAUUUAGCCAGGAUUCGUUUACAGGAUUCGUACAGAAUGCAAUAGGUAAUUUCCGAGUUCCCCCGGGCCUCUGUUUCAAAACGAGGGUAGUUUCUCAGCCUUUGAUAUGGAAAUCAUUUUUCAUUCUCAUGCAAAAAAAACUCAUUUUCACAAGAAAGGUUGUGCACCUAGCCUCAUUUUGAAAGUGAGGGUUUUUGGAACUCGGAAGUGGCCUGUUUGAUCCAUCCUCGGAGACCCACGGGCAGUCAGUCGGGUCGGGAGAAAAGGCGGGACGAAAGUUUUCAAGUACGAGCUAAAGAGCCCCUGGGAACCGACUCUCACCGAACUAUUUCCAAAAAUUCAAGCAGAUGCCGGCUCCUGAUUGGGCACAAUAAUACAAAGCAUUUUUUGUGCCCAAUCAGGAGCAGGCAUCCGCUUGAAUUUUUGGAAAUAGUUCGGUGAGAGUCGGUACCCAGGAGCUCUUUCGCCCGUACUUGCACAAAAACCCGACUGACUGCCCCUGGGUCUCCGAGGAUGUAUUUGAUCACGUGCGUUUGGACCUUCUAUCACUCAUAAUCUGAUCACGCGUGUUUUGGCUAUCGCUCACGUGAAACUUACCCAAAGCAUAGUGAUGGAUCAAAAGCGUUUUGACCUUCGAUCGUUGUCGCCCGCACUCCGUAACCUUUGGUUAUUACUAGUUUAUCUGGAUACAUGCUGGUGAAAGGGACAACCCCGUUCCCACGGUUCUCUCUUACUCGUCCAUUGUCCUCUCUCUGUCUCUCGGGCUCCGGGGAACAAGAAGGAGGGAACACUGGUAACGAGGCUGGAAGAGGGACUCCUUAAAGCCCAGUUCAAUUAAUUGAACCUCUAGCUCUAGUAUUUUAACUUUAAUUUCCUCCGCCAGAGCUCGAAAAACGUCCCGUCCGGUAUUCCGGGACAAGUAGAUUUUCUUGCUGGGCAAGUAACUGUUAAAGCUUAAUUGCCCAAUGGGCCAGAGUCCAGGCGAAGCAUCCUCUAACAAAAGUAGCCUGGGGCAAGCAAAGUGUGAGAGCUGUUUGCGCAAAGGACGAGCUAGAUUUUUUUUUCGAGCCCUGUCCAACCCUCAUCCAAUACACAAUCACCCCCAGCUAGUAACAUGCCAUUCGUGACAUACAUGUACAUGUAUGCUAAAUUACCAAAAGUGCACAAACCCAGCAUACCUAUGCAGCCCAUAGUUUCUUUCUCUGGAUCUCCGACUUACCAACUGUCAAAAUACGUAACUAACGUACUGAAACAUUUGACUGACGAAUCUGGACAUAAACUACAGUCUACUGAGAACUUUAUUGACGCCAUUAAGACAAUACAGAUACCUGACGACCACAAACUAGUGUCUUGUGACCUGAAAUCACUGUUCACCAGUAUUCCACUUCAAAUGGCUUUAGACUGCUGAUUUGUUGCCGGCACCGUACAAAUGACAUAUUGACGGACUCAUGCAAAACUAACUACGAGAGAACGACUGGACAACCUACAAUUUGACUAACAAUUAACGACUGUGACAAUAGAAGGAUUGAAAAGCACCCACGACAUUACGAGUCUUCAUAGCCAAUAACAUCACGGCUUAACUGACAGACGACCAAUAACAUGGCGACUUAAUGGACCAAUCAGAUCAAUAACCAGUCAGAGUUUAAUACCAUGAACUGACGUGAUACAACUCACUUCGACUCUGAAGAUGACUACCGCACAUGUUGUCGAAACGUCAGUCACUGUCAACAACAACAGUCCUAUUCAGGACUACGUUCACCUGGACGAUCAAACUCAACCUACUUAUGAAAACGUUUUUUUGCAGGAUAUCACAUAAUUUACAUAUACAGAGCUACAAAAGGCCAGAGAGGGUACAAUUUUGAGAGCAUACCGUCAUUCCAAUGAUGCAGCAAUUAUACAUGGAAUAACUAAAAUUAUUUAUAAUCUUUUUAAAUCUUUUUCAUAACUCUGGGUUGAAAAUCAUUGAUAUUGCGUCCAGAGUCUUUUUGGUCACAAAGGAUGAUUCUGAUGUGCCAUAUUUAUUCUAAUAAAUGCCCGGAGUGGUCAUUUAAAAAAUAAGCUCCAAAAGAUUACGCUUAUUAGAGAGAGACAUUCAUUUUGCACAAUUUCAAGUGUUAACGCAACUUUAACAUCACAAUUAAAACAUUUUUACGUUUGGAAAAACAAACAAAACAGAAAUUUCUGUCAGAGUGGUGUGUUCUUUAUUUUGACGAUGAAUACGAACAGGCCAAGCUUUUUUGUAAGAAACAUCGUCUCUUAACAAGCUAACUGAACGAAAGGAUAAUGCGAUAAAUAUAAUUUUGGUAAGGUGUAUUUCAUUCAGUUGACAUUUUUGUAUGAUCAGAAGGAUGUUAUUUAGUACUAUUAUUAUUGUUUCUAAUGAUUA